AGUCAUGGCGGCUGCGUCGGGUUCAGUUCACCUACAACGCUGCGUGGUGUCGCCGGCUGGGAGGCACAGCGCCUCUCUGAUCUUCCUGCAUGGCUCAGGUGAUUCUGGACAAGGAUUGAGAACGUGGAUCGAGCAAGUUUUAAAUCAAGAUUUCACAUUCCAACAUGUAAAAGUUAUUUAUCCAACAGCUCCUCCCAGGCCAUAUACUCCUUUGAAAGGAGGAUUCUCCAAUGUAUGGUUUGACAGAUUUCAAAUAUCUAAUGACUGCCCAGAACACCUUGAAUCAAUUGAUGUAAUGUGUCAGGUGCUUACAGAUUUGAUUGAUGGUGAAGUAAAAAGUGGUAUCAAGAAGAACAGGAUAUUAGUAGGAGGAUUUUCUAUGGGAGGGUGCAUGGCAAUGCAUUUAGCAUACAGAAAUCAUCAGGAUGUGGCAGGAGUAUUUGCUCUUUCUAGUUUUCUGAAUAAGACAUCUGCUGUUUACCAGGCUCUUCAGAAAAGUGAUGGUGUCCUCCCUGAAUUAUUUCAGUGUCAUGGUACCGCAGAUGAGUUAGUUCUUCAUUCUUGGGGUGAAGAGACAAACUCAGUGUUAAAAUCUCUAGGCGUGAGGACAAAGUUUCAUAGUUUCCCAGGUGUUUACCAUGAGUUAAGCAAAGCUGAGCUAGAAAAACUGAAGUCAUGGAUUCUUACAAAGCUGCCAGACUGAAUGAGUCAAGAUUGAUUUGUUAAUAUAUAAGCAAUGUCUUUAUGAAAAGUGAUUUUUACUGCCAAAUUCUAAUUUGAUAAACAAUAAUUAAAAUAUUAAAAAAUAUCAGCAGUUUACUGACUUAUUAGUUAUUGAAAUGCUUAGCACCAUAGAGAGUAGUAUAAUCUUAUUAAUGGUUAACGUUAAUUUAGGCAAACAUCUGUGUAUUAUUUGGCAGAUACAUUUUUAUAAAUAUUUGAAGGCCUUGUAAGUAAGUAAAUAUUGAAAUAUUAGAAAGUAAUUAAACUAGCUUAAAUAAAGGCAAUGAGAAACCAGGAAAAGUUUUAACAUGAUAUUAUUUUAUCUUUGUUGUCACUUUCUUUAAAUUGCCUUUCCGGAGAUAUUCAUGCUCGUGUAGUUUUUGACAGAAUAACAUUAGUACCCCACAUUUAUAGAGUAGUUUCCCGUUACCUCACCUGACCAUCACAAGAGCUUGAUGAAGUAGACUGAGUAGUUAUUACUGGUAUUUUAUAAUAGGGAUAGAAGGAUUGAAAACUUUCCCAAAGCCUCAAGAGUAAAAACUGGAAUCCAGACCUUCUGGUCCCAGUGGAGCUCCCUUUCUCUGAGACCAGAUUGCUGCUCUGCUCCAGUCCUAGGGUUCCAGUUGCUCUUCAGAUCCUUGUCAGCACUCAGUAUGGCCAGUCUUUUCAGUUUUAUCCAUUCUGGUGGGUAUACAGUGGUAACACUUUGUGGGUUUAAUCUGCAUUUUCCUAACCUAAUGGUGUUAAGCAAUUUCUGUAUGCUUAUUUGUGAUCUGUAUAAAUUCUGAUGAUAUCUCUAUUCAGAUCUUCUGCCCAUUUUUUAUUAGGGCAUUGUAACAGCUUGCAUUGUAAAAGCUGUUUAUAUAUGCUGGAUAGAAAUUCUUUGUUAGCCAGAUGUUUUACCUUUUUUUUUUUUCUUAGUCUGUGGCUUGCCUUAUUUUCUUUACAGUGUAAUUCAAAAGAGCAGAAGUUUUUAAUUUGAUGACGUCCAGUUUAUUCGUUUUUUUUUCAUUUAUACUUUGUGCUUUUGAUGUCAUAUUUAAGCAAUCUUAAGAAAUCCUAGGUCACUAAGAUUUUCUCUUAUAUUUUCUUCAACUAAUACACUCCUUUAGUGCUAUAAAUCUUCCCGCAAGUAUUAUAUUAGUAACAUCCCACGAUCUUUUAUAUUUUGUGUUUUCAUUUUCAUUCAGGUCAAAUCUUUCUAAAUUCCCUUUUGAUUUCUUCUUUAACCCUUGGGUUACUUAAAAUUGUGUUAUUUUGUUUCAGUAUAUUGGGAAUUUUCUAGAGAUCUUUGCUAUUGAUGUCUAAGUUAAUUCCAUUGUGGGUCAAGAGAGCAUACUUUGUAUGGCUUGAAACCUUUUAAAUUUAUUGUGACUUGUUUUAUAGCCCAGAAGAUGGUCUAUCUUGGUAAAUGUUUUGUGUGCACUUUAGAAAAAUAUAUAUGAUGCUAGUGUUGGGUGGAGUGUUCUCUACAUAUCAGUCAGAUCAAGUUGGUUGAUAUCCUUGUUUAAAUCUACUAUAUCCUUGCUGAUUUUCUGCCUGCUUGUUUUAUAAAUUAUUGAGAGGGGAAUAUUGAAAGUUCCAAGUAUAACUGAAUUUGUUUCACUUUGCCAUUCCCUCAGUUUUCGCUUCAUGUACUAUGAGGCUCCAUUAUUAGAUGCGUAAACAUGUAGGACUAUUAUGUUCCCCUGAUGAACUGGCCUCUUCUUCUUUAUGAAAUGAUCAUCUCUAUCCGUGAUAGAUUUUUUUGCUCUGAAAUACUCAUUGUGUGAUAUUGAUAUAGUCCUUCCAGCUCCCUUUAGCCUAGCAUCUUUUUCCAUACUUCUCUUUUAACCUAUUUGUGUCUUUAUCUGUAAAGAGCAAUUCCAUCAGGCAGAACACAGUUAGGCCUUCCUUUUCUAUCCAGUAUGGUCAUCCCUGCUUUUUAAUUGAUUAUUUAGAACAUUUUAAUGUGAUUGUUGGCAUGUUUGGAUUUCAAGCUACCAUCUUAGCUGUUUAUUUUCUCUAUAUUCCAUCUCUUCUUCUUUGCUCCCUUAUUCCUCUCUUUCUACUCCCCCUUUUUUCCUUGGAUUAUGUGUUCUUUUGCUGGCUUCUUAGUUAUGAUACUUUGUACUUUUAUUUUAAUGAUUACUUUAGGGUUUAUAGCAUAUAAUUUUUAUAAACUUUUUUAAAUUUUGAAAUAAUUACAAGCUCACAGGAAGUGUUAAAGAUAGUACAGAGGAGUCCCAUGUACCCUGCGCCCAAUGGUUACAUCUUAACGUAACUAUAGUAUAAUGUCAAAACCAGGAAACUGACAUUGGUACAAUGUGUGUGUAUAGUUAUAUGCCAUUUUUUCACAUGGCUGCAUGGAUUCAUGUAUCCACCACUACAAUCGAUAUGCAGAGCUGUUCCAUCACCACAAAGAUGCCCAUUGUGCUGCCUAUAGUCAUAUCAGUCCCUUCCUCUGUCACCAUCUAACCCAUAACAACCACUGAUUUGUACUCCAUCUCUAUAACUGGACAUUGUGAGAAUGUUAUAGAAGUAGAACUAUACAGUAUGUGACAUUUUGAGAUUGACUUUUUUCACUCCAUCCAAAUUGUUGCAACCAUCAAUAGUUUACUUCUUUUUAUUGCUGAGUAGUAUGCCAUGACGUGAAUGUAUUCAGUAUUAUAGUUUGUUAAACUGUUCUCCAAUUAAAACACAGUUUUUUUUGGCUAUUACGAAUAAAGCUGCCUUGAACACUCUUGUAUAGAUUUUUGUCUAGCUGUAAUUUUUUUUCUCUCUGGGAUAAAUACCCAAGAGAGUGAUUCCUGGGUUGUAUAAUAAGUGUAUGUUUAAGAAACUACCAGACUUUUCCAGAGUAGCUGUGCCAUCUUAUAUUCCUACCAGCAAGGCAGGAGAGAGAAAUAUUCUCUGCAUCCUCAUCAGCAUUUUGUAGUUUCACUAUUUUUUUUUAUUUUAGCUGUUCUAAUAGGUAUAUAAUGAAAUCUCAUUGUGGUCAAAAUGUGCAUUCCCUAAUGGCUAGUGAUUUUGAGCCUAUUUUCAUAAGCUUAUUUGCCAUCUCUAUAUCCUAUUUGGUAGAUGUUUCUUCAUGUCUUUUGCCCAUGAUCAAAUUGGAUUUUCUUUUUUGUUUGCGUUAACUGUUGAGUUUUGAAAGUUUCUUUUAAUAUCUUCUAGAUGUGAGUCUUUUGUUAGUUAUAUAGUUUUCAAAUACUUUUUCACUGUCUGUAGCUUGUCUUUGCAACUUCUUAGGUCCUUUUAUGCAAAAGUUCUAAAUUUUAAUGAAGUCCAGUUUACUGACUUUUUCUUUCAUGGAUUAUGCUUUUGGUGUUAGUGAGCUAUUGUGAGUUAAUUUGUAUAAGGUGUGAGAUUUAGGUUGACAUUCAUUUUAUGUUUUUGCCUAUAGAUACCAAGUUGCCCAGCACUGUUUGGUG